AUGAAAUUGCUCAAUAUCGCAUCUCUUUUGGCUAUCGCUGCCUCUGCUUCCGCUGAGGCAACCACCACUUUGCAAACUACGAUUACUAUUACUGAAACGCAAUUGUCUCCAGAGGAGAGCUCUUCACUGUUAUCAGUUUCCUCUGCCAGUGUUGCAUCUGAGGCUUCUGCUGCUUCUGCUGCUUCUGAAGCCUCCGCUGCUUCUGUAGCUUCGGAGCUUUCUGCUGCAUCUGAAGCUUCUGUAGCCUCUGAGGCUGCGCACCAAACGCUAUUCCGCAACUACGCUAUUGCUAUUAACAGUACUGUGACCCCUUCUGUCAGCUCAUCCUCACCAACAAUUGCAGCUAACUCCACAGUGGUUUCGUCUACACUAACUCCCUACCUCAAUACGACGAGUGCGCUGCCCACGAACAGAACAGUUACUACGACUGCCUCCUUUUACUCCAAUACUUCAAGUUUCCACAACAGUUCUACCAUUUCCAGUACUAGAAGAAGUUCCAUUACAUCAUCUUCUUCUUCGUCUUCUUCCUCUUCCAGUGAAAGUGGUGCCCCUACAACAUCCUCUACUUCAGCAACGGAUGGUGCUGCCAUUUACCAAGUAUCUGGUGCAUCUUUAGGGUUGGCUGCUAUUGCUGCAAUUGCACUGUUGUAA